UCGAAUGCUCGCCAGGCACCCGUCAUUUGAAGUGAAUAAUUUUGUAUCAGUAGUAAUCGCAGCGCUUAUUUAGGUGUAAUAUUUUAUCUGAAGUUUGACAGUUUGCUGAAAAACAUCUGCAAGGUGUAUUUUGAAAUACAGCUGAACAAUUGCAACAUCGUAAUCACCUCUAGUGACUUCAGGAAACGGGAGUACCCAUAAUUUGUGAAGUCGGAUCUUCGGAGACCAUCCGGUUAUCUCAAAAUACUUAAGUAUUCUUAUUUCAACGUUACCCUCGACAGGAACAAACGAAAUUUUUUUGAUUUGUCAUAAACACGAUGGACCCUGACGAAAGUGAUUUGAUUGACAAACUGAUUUCUCCAAGUGGAGCUUUUGGUUCUGGUAAUCAGCAAAAGGUAAUUGUACAACGAAAUUCACCAAUACUUUUCCCCGGAGGGACACCGCUGACAAUCAAUGCUACCAGUUCACUUCUGGUACCGAAUUCGGUUCCUCUCACUGUUGCACCGCAGCAACUGCAGUUUGCUGCCUCAUCUGGUGAUGGAAUACUUCCGCUUACAACCGUUGCCAGUGGUGUAGAAUCCGCUUCUGUCAUUGUCAUAAACAAGGAGACGACUUUUGCACCGGGUUCGAUUCCCAUAAAUGUUAUUACAACUGAACAACACCAGCAGCAACAACAACAACAUCCGCAGCAGUUCAUCCAUGGAACUAACGUGCAGAAAGUUGUCGUUGCUUCCAACCCCGGGCCCAGUGCGUUGUCGCCGCAUUCCGGAGUGCAAAUCGUUGCUACCGGUACUAUGAAGACUCUUCAACAAAAGAUGCAAACCCCUGGAUUUAAACUCCAAAUUGGCAACACGAAUAUUAUGUCGUUACAGCAAAAAAUGAUCGCUCCGAUGGGCCAGCAGCAACAAGUCAUGCCGCCAGCUAUGACCAUGAUCCAGCCGAGUACAAUUGGAAUAUCCAGCGCCGCAGAGCUGAAGCGAUUGCCGCCUUCAAUUAAAAUUUUGAAACCGAUUGCUCCUAAGCCCGUCAUUACGAACUACACCAGCACCGUCAUAAAGUCAUCUGGGGAAAACAACAGCCAGCCGUCGGCCGCGGGAUUGCCCAACGUCAGUCACCAUGUACUUCCAUUUGGAACGACUAUUAAAGUGACCGCCGGGAAUGAUCCGCUGCCGAUUCCGAUCUCAAAACCGCAACACGUCAUUCAACCGCCUCAGCUAGUUCCAUCGCAACCACUUUCACAGCAGCAGUUAUCCCAAAUCCCUGUUGUACCACAGGCGCCGCUCUCCCCGCAAACUUCUUCGCUUAUGAAAGCCAUCCGACCCGUUUCGCCAGCAUCCAUAGCGCCUCCUCACACUGCCGUACUUUCACCCAAUCAAAACAAAGUAAUCAUCAACAAAAUUAUCUACAAAACACCUGAAAACCAUUUGGGACCUGGACCAACAGCUGGACAAUCUAGAAUAGUUCCAGUAACGCCUCCGCUGUCGCCGGUGUCUAGGCCGGAAUUGAAACGUAAAAUUAUUAUCACCGCUCCUGGCAACCGUAGGCGUCCGAUACAGUCGGUAUCAGCGACGCGUUCGACAGCUACGCAGCCCGGGCCAGCUCAAAUUAUUGUUCAAACGGCAACACCGCCGCUCAUUCCACCACUGGCACCGAGAACCACAAUCGAUAAGAUUUCUACCAGCGUACAAGCGAUUUUUCCCUCGUGUGCCAGCAAUAAUAUAACCGUUACACAAGUGAUAAGUCCGACUCUGCCACAACUAGCCUCAAUGGAAGAGGAAAUACCACAAUCGACAAUGAAUGAUGCGUUUGCGACUGAAUCGGCUGGUCCUUGCGAUACGGAUCAAGAUAUUAGAACCGUGUCACAGAGUAAUUCGCAGGUAGACAUUUCCGAAACGGAGGUUUCAUCGACUACUACGGAGCAGGUUCUUGAUGGUUGUAGCCAAGACAGCAAGGAACAAACUGAAGACGAAGCUGAUCAAUUUGAACCCAUCGAGAUGGAUCAACAGCAAAAUGCACCGGAAAGUAAUCAAACACAAAUGUCGACUUCGAAUGGAGAUGCAGAGGAUACGAAAGUUGAGGAGCAACCUAUGCUGGUUGAUGAACCUGAAGUCUACGAAGGACCAGGUCGAUCCAAAACACCAAUCGAAGAACAGCGUGAAAUUCUGGAAAAUUUAUGGAACGAACAGAUGGUCAGUCCUCGAAUGCAGAAACGAUCCAACUCGGAAAUCCAGGAGUUGCAAAGCCUAUCCCGAAUGAGGCGUCUAUCGGAGCCUGUUAAACAAGAAAGUCUGCCAGUGGAGGAUGAGGUUGCUCCGAUGCCAAAACCUUUGUCGAUUUUUAAAUUAAAACCAAAGAGAAAAUCGAAAAGUCAUCGAAGCACGCCCACCAGAUCGCUUACGUCACUGCUUUGCAAUGAAAAGUUUGAAAUAGAGUCCGAUGAAAGCCGCAGUAUUAAAACGUCAGCAUCGAGUUUGAAUACAAUCAGUCCUCCCAAGAAGGAAGGUACUUCAUCGGAAUCAACACCAGCUUUCGAUCAAGACAAGCUGCAAGCUGCGAUCGAAAUUUACAAAAGAAACCAGGCGAUCUCUAACAAAACUUAUCGAGAAAAAACGAGAUCCGAGUCAAGAUCGGUAGCGGACCGUGAAGACAAAGAAGAAAAAGACUACAUCGAAGGGGAUUUUGGUUCUACUCCUUCGGACUUGUUCAAAUGGGACGAUGGAAUUGGAUACAUGCGAAACAGUUAUCUUCACUUCCAGUUCAAUCAGUUUGGUCUGGUAGAACCGAUGGAACCCAAAGAGUAUUCGAAACAUGUGAAAACAAAUGUUUACGAAUCACUCAAGGAGCCAAUAUCUAGCCGAACAACGUUCAAAACUAAUCGUGACAAGCGAAAAAUGUUACCCGAGGAAAUAUCGUACCGUUGCCGAUGUUGUCGCAGUCGCGGUGUCGCCACCGAUUUUGCUACUCCAGACUAUUGUUCAGUAACUUGUAUGAAACUGAGCAAAAACGAAUCCGUACUAGCGAGUAUAGCUCGAUCAAAAUCUUUGCAGCGAAAAGGAUUGGGUUCAUCGGAGUCGGAAAUGUCCAACAACACACCGCUUCCAACAAGCGAUGACGAUUCGCUGGGAAGUUCUAUAAACUUCAGCAAUGCUUUCAAAGAGAAAAACAUUGCGAGAAAUAAAGAAACAGCAAUCAAAUCUAUUGCCGACGUUCCAAUCGCUCUGUCCGAGUCAUCCAACGUACCACGGUUUACCUGGGAGAACUAUUUGUUAAAAGCGCAAGGAACCCCCGCACCGGUGAAUCUAUUUGUCAACCCGUUCCCGAGCGGACCGAAUAAAUUCCGUGCCGGAAUGAAACUAGAAGCCAUCGAUCCGGAGAAUAAUUCGCUUUUCUGCGUGUGCACCAUCGCCGAAGUCCGUGGCUAUCGAAUGCGUUUGAGCUUCGACGGGUAUUCACGGUAUUACGACUUUUGGAUCAAUGCCGAUUCGCUGGAUAUAUUCCAGCCCGGCUGGUGUCGCAAGACGGGACGUGUUCUGCAACCACCGAACGGCUACGAGGGACAGUUCAGCUGGAUCGAUUACCUCACUAAAACGCACUCGAUGGCUGCGUCGAGAUAUCUGUUCACGCACCUGAACUCAACGUCAAACGAAAAUAAAUUCGAAAUCGGUAUGAGCUUGGAGGCAGACGAUUUGAAAAAGUCCGGAAAGGUGUGUGUGGCCUCCGUCAGCGAUAAAAUCGACAAUCGCAUAUUGGUCCACUUCGAUGGAUGGGACGAACGAUACGACUACUGGGUGGACGUCCAUUCGCCCUACAUUCAUCAUAUCAAUUGGCACCAAGAGAAUGGAUACAACAUUACACCGCCACCAGAUUGGAACAAAGGAUCCUUCAAUUGGUCAAGAUAUCUUCGGCUGAAGUCUCGUCGGAUCGGAAAAACAAUUGUUCCGGCAGAUAAGUCUCUGUUUGUGACACGCCACCCAAUGGAGUUCGAACCUGGAAUGAAGCUGGAAGUGGUUGAUCGCAAAAACCAAAUGCUGAUUCGACCUGCCACGGUUGUAGCCACCGAUGGGUAUGAAAUUAAGGUCUGCUUCGAUGGUUGGCCAAAUUUCUACUCCUUCUGGAUUGAGGAUGAUAGUUCCGACAUCCACCCGAUAAACUGGUGUAAAAGAACCAAUCAUCCGAUCGAAUUUCCACCUGAUCAUCGACCGGUUUCUAUCAAAAGCACCUGCGAAGUUCCGUACUGUUUGGGACAAGGAAAUGCUAGAUUGGCAUACAAUCGGAACCACAUGAAAGUGGUUGAAUGUCCUUACAGGACAGAUAAUUGGCUUCAGGACGAUCGAAAACGACCGCGACUGACCCAUGAUCAAAUUAUCACUUCCAACUACUACAGCUCUGAACAUGACGCUGUACAGCUGGAAGCUCCCGCUGUAAAGAAAAUCAAAAGUGAACCCGAUGACAUCCCGAACAUCUCCAUACAAACAGCGGCAACCGAUGCACCUCAGCAACCUCCGGCCACUGGGGAAUCUCAAACCAAUUCUGGUGUAGAUCCGAUGAUAAAAACCGCCCUACCGGUCAUAACCGAUUACGGUCCGCGCUUGAAACAGUCUUACAAACUUUGGAAGAACAGCUCACGGGUACUGGACCGCUGUAUCGAAGGUCUUUCUGAGUUUAAACGCAACCCUCUGCGAUGGUCGGUGGAGGAAGUCGCCAACUAUGUGGAACACUUUCCCGGAUGCGCUGAGGUCGGCAAUCAGAUCCGGGAUGAGCAAAUAAACGGAGCAGGAUUCCUGAGUUUAACUCAGGACGACCUGGUGAAAUAUCUGGAUGUAAAGCUAGGUCCCGCCAUCAAACUUUACAACCGAAUAAUACACCUUCGGUUGCAGGUGGAAAACCAUUUUGUUAAGUUUUAAUUACGGAUGCUCGGGAUCACAAAAAUAAGGUUGUUCAUAUCCAUUACGAUUAAGACGAUUUUAGGCACAGGUGUUGUUCUAGAAGUGCGUUAACCACUUCGAAAAGAACUCCGUUUUUUUUGUAAAAAAUUGUGGUCACCCAGAGCUGACAAGUAAUUAUCAGUAGAGUUGAAAAACUGCAUAAUUUAGUUUCUUUCCCGUUAUAAUUGUACAUAACGCGUUAAGUGUUUUCUUCCUAAAGCAGCACAUUGGAUAUAAUCGAAAGGCAACAGUAAUAAAUUAUUAUUCUUAGAGUUU